AUGAAAAAAAAUAGAAAUCAACUUAUACAAGCUGCAGGUAGAAAAAUAAAUCGAUUUGCAAUAUUUACAUCUCGAGAAAGGAAUCUCCAGGUCUACCAGAUGCUGCAAAGUCCCAAACAUUUCCAUUCUAAACUGAUGAUGAACUUUACGAAUCUAAACCUCCUGCUGUUACUGAUUCUUCUGAAGAUUCCUCAAAUACAAAAUAUAGUGAAUAUCCUAAAAUUACUUUAAAUGGAAGGUUCAGGCACUGAUGUUACAUUUCCUCUAGAAGAUCAGUCAGAAUUUACGCUUACACAUUCUCUUGAUAGUAACGUUAUUACUCAAAUUCUUUUACAUUCUGCAUUUCCUGAUUCUGAAGUUUCAGUUACUGAUCAGGACGUUGUUCCAUUAAUUUUUGCUUUUUCACCUACUUCUUCAACAUAUGGAGAAAUAUCACAACCCAAAAAGUUAUCACAACUUUUUAAGGAGUCCCCUAAAAAUGUAGCUUCUGAAUUUUUUAAUACUGCAUAUACUUUUCCUAUACAAAGUUCCAAUGAUUUUCAAAUGUUCACUACUAAUGCAUCUAAAAUUAAUGCCACUUAUUAUUAUUUAAAAAAAUUGUAUAAAAUAAUUAUAUAUAUAUAUUUAUAUUUUAUUAAUAUAAUUACAGAUACAAGAGUAGAAUCCAGAAACUCAUCAGAAAAGAGGGGUCCUUUUCAUGUGAUACCUGGACUAGAAAUGAACAAUGGGAAUUUAACAAAGGAGGAAUAUGGAACAAAUCCUAACUCAACAGAAAAUAAACAAAUAACGGAGAAUAAUAAAAGAGGAAAUGAUAUUAAGAAACAAAAUAUUCUAUAGAAUAAAUGGGUAAAAAGAUACAAAAACCUUUUUAAAGAAUUCAAAAAAGAAGAUUGGUUUAAUAAUUUAAAACACGAUUAGAAAAAAAGAACAAUAUCCUUACUUAGAAAACAUGAAAAAGUUAGAAAAAGACCCUCCAAAUUAAAAUCUAAUGACUCCUUUUUUAGAAAAAUAAAAAGAUAUAUGGAAAUAGUGGAUAUCAAAAAAGGAAAUUAUAAUAAACAGCAGCAGCUCAACAGAUUUAUAGAAGAAACCGAAAAUGUGGAAAAUAAUUAUGAAAUUGAAGAAACUAAUGUUAAUAUGUUAUUAAUUAAUUUAGAAGAAUUGGAGAACAAAGAAAAUCAUGAAGAAUUAUACAGAUAUAAAAAAGAAAAAUUACAAACGAAACUCCGCAUAUUCGUACUAAUGUUAGUAUUAGUAGAAUGAAAAAAAGAGGAUAAUUUAUCAAAUAAUGACUCACAUUUGGAUACUUGCAUAAAAGAAUGGAAGCCCGAAGAAAAUUCAAAUGAAAAACUGCAUAUAUCAGAAUAAAUAAUUGAAGAGAACAGUAUAACUUUGGAAAGUAGUAGGUGUAAGGAAAUUCAGGAUUAUAUGGGAGAAGACAAUUUUAGGCAGGUGAUAGAAGACCGGAUAAAAGUAAAAGACAAACAUAUAGAUUCCCCAUAUUAUUUUAAUAAAGUUGACAAAUACUAUGAAAAGGAAACAAAAUACACCCAAGAAGUUAAUAAUGAUAUGACCAUAAUAUAUUUGGAUGAUAAUCAUGUGAAAACUGAUCAUCUAUAUUAA